AUGGCGUCGGAUCCCCUCUCUGCCGGCUCGGGCCGGGGUCGGGGCCCGGGCCCGUCGGUGCGGCUCCCCACGGCGCCCCCGCUGAAGCUGCUGGCCGGGCAGCUGCGGCGCUGCGCCGUAGGCGGGCCCGGAGCUUGGCAGCUGGCCCGGGAGCCCGCGGGCCGACCUCCGUUGGAGCUGGCGGCCGUGUGGAUGCAGGGCCGAGUGCUGGAGGCGGCGGAGCGGGGCGGCUGGGCGCGGCUGCGGGACUCGAGCGGCUCCUUCACGGUGCGGGGCCUGGAGCGUGUGCCCCAGGGGAAGCCCUGCCUGGCCCCAGGAAAAUAUGUGAUGGUGAUGGGAGUCAUUCAGACCUGCAACCCUGAACCUUGUCUUCAAGCUGUGAAGAUGACAGAUCUUUCUGAAAACCCUAUACAUGAAAGCAUGUGGGAACUGGAAGUAGAAGAUUUGCACAGGAAUAUUCCCUAAGUGCAUUUUAAUAUGUAGUUUAAGGGAACUGGAAUUACAAGUAUAUUUUGGUUCUUGUACCUUUUGGAUCUCCUGGGCCUAAUUGUAUCUGCUAGUUUGUGUUUCUCGAAAGUUCCCUAGAGCACUCGGGGUGAACUGGCUAGAUAAUUGGUUUUCAGACACAGUGAGAAUUUAGGACGUUUUCAUGCUGUGGCUAUUUCAGCAUAUUCAACUCCAAGAGAAGCAUCCAUUUCCCCCUGCUGAGAAUGCUGUUACUGAUGGAAAGCAGAUGUUUGCUGCGCUUCUUUGUUUUUGUUUUAUUUUAAAAGCACACGAAAACCUCGCACUGCAUUUCCCAAAUAUUACGAGUGAUGGUAUUUUUCCAUUACUGCAGCGACCCUGUUUUAGAAUGCGGAAUUUGAAUCCCAGUCAUUGGCUAUGGUGAUUAAAGUGUGGUUAUGGUCAGGAAAACAGACUGUGUAAAAGGAAUGACAUCAUGGCUCCGGUUUAUUCUCCAUCAACGACUUCCAGAUCCAGUUUGCAAGUCAAAUGACAUUUUUAUAACUGCAGGGCACAAACUGCUGUCUGCAAAAUACAGCUGUCUUUCCUCUUCAAACACCACUGGACCACUGAGGCUUAGCUUUCCCUGAGAUAGGGACAAUUUCUUCCUUCACUUAGAUAUUGUUGAAACACUUGAUGAAAGGUGCUAUAAAGAGGAGAGCUAACAUCGAGAUAGAUAUGUAUAUACAUUCAGGGCUUAACUGAACUGUAGCUUCUUCAUAAC